AUGCGCACAGGGCCACUGGCGUUGCCACACCUUCGCGCCAGAACCGGGUCCACAUUUGCAGGUCUACUCUUUCGGCCGACUUCCUGUGCCGCAUUGUCUGGCCGCUGCGCUUAUCAGUCCCUCGUCCAGCUACAUGACCUGGCCUUGGAGACAUGUGCCUGCUUCUCCGGUCGGUCUCGUGGUCUCGGGUUCUCGUGGUCUCGUGGUAUCUGGGUCUCGUGGUCUGUCCGGUCAGUCGUUCACACCGUGGCCGCUCGUCCAAUCACCGUCGGACACACACGGCCCAUAGCCCACACUACCAAACCAACACCCUCGACAUACCAUGUGCCGUCUUCCGGUCCGGAGGGGUGCGUCUGGAGUGAGCGGCACUUGAAGGAGUCUGGGCAACUAAGACUGGACAUGUCAGCAGCACCAACUAGCCGUGCAUACAGGCAGCUGUACUUCCAGGGUGCAUUUGCAGAGCCUCUGUUCUUUCAACUGUUCUUUGUCAAGGAGCGUUCUGUAUCUUGUGGACAAGAGGUUUACACAAUUUGGCAUCAGCAAGUCCUGGGUCAAAGACUGAUCGCUGCGAAACCUCCUCCGCCCAGAAACAUGUUUGUGCAUGACUACAUUUCAUAA